AAAAAACCAAACCUUAACUCUUGUCCUUUCCACUUAAAAAAAAAAAUGGAUGACACCAUCAUAGAAUCUAGACAAGAACUAAUGGUUUCACCAUCAUCUGGUGGAAACAAAACUCUCAGAACUGCACAUUUCCUCAAACCUUUCAUCAAAGACUCACAACAACAAAUUCCUCAUUUUCCCAUUUUCUCUCAAACCACCACAACAAAAUUGCCACUACAAGUAACCUACAAUGGUUGGAGACCACCCCAUGAAGAAUGGAAGAAAUGGGUCAGAAAAUUGGAACCAAAGUUUGAAUCUUUAUGGAUAAAAGCUGGUAUCUACCAUGCAAUCAAAGCUUCUACCUAUGAAAUCAAAAGGGAUGAUGAUUUGAUUCUUGAACUUGCAAAUAGGUGGUGUUCAAAGACCAACACUUUUGUUUUCAAUUGGGGGGAAGCAACAAUAACAUUGGAAGACACAAAGGUUUGUUUUGGUUAUUCUGUUUUGGGUUGUUCUGUUUCAACCCCUCUUUUGAACAGUGAAAAGGAAGCAGAAGAAGCACUUAUUGAGGCUAGGAGAAUGUUUAAUAGUUCUAGAGCUAGGAAAGUUACUCAAAGACCAUGGAUGAUGUUUUUUAUGGAGAAUGAAAGUAAAGUGGAGCAUGAAGCUUUUUUGGUUUUUUGGUUGUCAAGGUUUGUUUUUCCUUUUGAAACCAUUUCGAAAAGUGUUUUUCCUAUUGCAAUACAUUUGGCUCAUGGAGAUAAAAUAGCUCUUGCACCUGCUGUUUUAGCUAGUGUUUAUAGGGACUUAAGUUUGCUUAGUGGCAUAAUUAAUAAAAAUGUUACAUCCUUAAAGAAUCUUAGAGUAACACUUUGGGCACCUUUUCAAUUGGUUCAAAUUUGGGCUUUUGAGAGGUUUCCAUCAUUGAUGCCGCCAUAUCCAUAUUCAAAAGGGCAUGAUUUACCUAAAGUGGCUAGAUGGGGUGAAGUAAAAAUGAUGAAAGAUAUAAACUUGAAAAAGGUAUUGGAUUGUGCAGGGUUAAAGAAUGGAUUUUUGUGGCAACCAUAUGAGAAUUCACCAUGCAUUGAGGUUUAUAAUGGAAAAGAUAAGUGGAAAUGUGAUAAUCCUUGUUUAGACGAAGAAUUACUUUCGUUUGUGCGGUGUUUGAGAGUUUGCGAGUUGGUUGGUAUGGGGUCGUGUAAAGAGAAGUACUUCCCGCACCGCGUCGCGAUGCAAUUUGGUAUGGAUCAAGACAUUCCUGAUAUGGUUGACUUUUGUAAGACGGAUCCUUGGUUGAGUUAUACCAAGCCGAUGGCAAUAGUGGAUAUAAAGUUGUGCUUUCAAUUGUGUUCAAGCACGCCAGGUGUUUCUUCUAGAUACUAUGAUUGGUGGAAGCAAUCAAAAUCGGGCGAGGAAGGCGAAGAUUUAAUAAAGUGUGAAGAAUCUUAUGGACCAACACCUGGUUUUAGUUUCAAGUUUGAGAGGCGACAAAUGGUGGAUUUGGAUAAAGAGGAUGAUUUGUUAGUUUGCGAACUAUCAAGUUGUAGUGAUGAUGAACUUGAAGUAGUUGGAAAUCUUAAUGCUUCGUCUAGUCAUCAAUUUGGCGAUUUUAUAUCGACAAAUUCUGGGGAUGAAAUAGCUGGAUGUAAUGAUGAAAAUGAAAUCAAGAGUCCAUUUUGUGAUAGAAAUAGUGUGAACGACACAAAAGAGGAAAGUGUUAGUUCUUUUACAUUAGACAUGGCAUUGGAUCUUGAAAACAGGAUUCAGAAGCUUGAAAAAGUGUUUGGUAAGCUUAAAGAAGAAAGAUUUGGCUCAAGAGUUGAAAGUGUUUGAGCCAAAGCCAAGGCAUAGUACUCCUUGGUUUAUAAGUACAUAAAAACAAUGAUUUUUUGCAAGUAUAGAACCAACUUCAUAUUCCUAAUUUUGUGCAAUAGUUUACACCAAUUUUAUUGCUAACUCACUAUGUAUGGUAGCAUGUGACAGUUACCUUUUUUUUGUGCAGCAUGUGAUAGUUGCUUUUAUUUGUAGUAAUUAGCAUUAGUAGUAGAUGAUUAAUUAAUAUGAAGUGAAUGAAGCUACUGAUUUUGUUGUGUUUAUUA